AUGGCUGCAAUGAGGGCGCGGCAUAAGAUUCGGGCCCCCCGUCGGGGUCUGAAUGCAGCAAAAACAGAUGACUUCGACUCUCUGUGGACUGUUCUCUCCUCAUCUCUCACCGAAAUUCAUACCAAAAACGCGUCCACUCUCUCGUUCGAAGAACUCUACCGCAAUGCCUACCGGAUUGUGUUAAUGAUGCGGGGUGACGACUUAUACGAAAGUGUUAAAAAACUUGAGAAGGAUUGGUUGCGGGAUACUGUUCAGAAGCGCAUCACCGACUCAAUAUCAUCGAGUCUGGUUCGUGCUCAAGAGUCAACAGAUAUUCAGGACCAGUCGGAGGAGAGGAGAGCCGCGGGGGAGAAGUUCAUGGGGGUACUCAAGGAAGCCUGGGAAGAUCACCAGCUUUGCAUGGGGAUGAUUACCGAUGUCCUCAUGUACAUGGACCGCAUCAUUUCUACGGAUAAAUCCAAGCCCUCGAUCUACAUUGUCUCAAUGGGUCUUUUCCGCGACUAUGUCCUCCGAGCCCCGGUCCGCCCCGACUCUCCUAUCACAGUUGCCGAUGUUCUUGAAUCUACAGUCCUCUUUAUGAUAUCACUAGAGCGGGUGGGUCACAUCAUUGAACGGCCCCUCAUCCGGCAUUGCAUCUCAAUGCUGGAGGGACUCUACGAAUCAGAGAAGGAGGAAGGCGAGAAGCUAUACCUUUCAACAUUCGAACCUGCGUUCAUCAAGACGAGCAAAGAAUUCUACCAGGCGGAGGGACGGCGGUUGCUGGAGAUCGGAGAUGCGACGACCUUCUGCCGGAUCUCCUCUCAACGUAUUACUGAGGAGCAGGAACGAUGCUUGUCUACUCUGGCCAUGAUGACUGAACCGAAAGUCCUCGAGGUCCUCGAUAACGAGCUGAUUCGGAAGAACAUCGACGAGGUCGUCAUGCUGGAAGGGACUGGUGUGAGGCACAUGCUGGAUCACAACCUGCUCGAGGGCUUACGGAGCGUCUACUCUCUGAAUGCCCGAGUUGACCCGAAGAAGGACUCUCUCGCCCGUGUUGUUAACAAGCGGAUCGUGGAGCUCGGAAAGGAGAUCAACGCCUCGUCUAUCGUUGUCGCGCAGGCGGCUCAACCAACAAAAGAUGCUAAGGAUGCCAAGGAUGCAGGUACCGAGAAAAAGGAGAAAGGCAAAGAGAAGGAGAAGCCGGUCAAUCAACAGACGUUAUCGGCAAUCCAAUGGGUUGACGACAUUUUGGCCCUGAAACGUCAAUUCGACACGGUAUGGGAACAAUCGUUUUUGUCCGAUCAGGGCCUCCAGAGUUCCAUCAUGGCUAGCUUUGCCAACUUUAUCAAUAUGAACCCCCGCAGCUCCGAAUAUUUGUCUCUGUUCUUCGAUGAGAAUUUGAAGAAGGGCAUCAAGGGCAAGACGGAGAGCGAGGUCGAUACAUUGCUGGACAAUGGCAUCACCUUGCUUCGCUACAUCAAGGACAAGGAUCUCUUUGAAACAUAUUACAAGAAACAUUUGUCACGCAGACUGUUGAUGAAACGAUCUGCCAGCACAGAUGCGGAGCGACAGAUGAUUUCAAAGAUGAAGAUGGAGGUGGGCAACCAGUUCACACAGCGGAUUGAGGCCAUGUUCAAGGAUAUGACCGUCUCAGAAGACUUGACUGCCAACUACAAAAGUCACAUUGCACGGAGCGCCGAUCCUGAUCAGAAACCCGUGGACUUGGAGAUCAACGUCCUCACCAGCACGAUGUGGCCCAUGGAAAUCAUGGCAAAUACCAAGGACGGCGUUGUCCAAUUGCCCUGUAUUUUCCCGCGGGAAAUUGAAAACCUCAAGCAGAGCUUCGAGAAGUUCUAUCUUGACAAACACAGCGGGCGAAAAUUGUCCUGGCAGGCCGGUAUGGGCACGGCAGACAUCCGAGCGACUUUCAAGCGAAGCAACGGCAAAGUCCAGAAGCAUGAAAUUAACGUGUCCACUUAUAUGAUGGUCAUUCUGCUGCUUUUCAACGACCUCCCCGAUGGCAAGUCCCUCUCUUUCGAGGAAAUCGAAGAACGCACUCGCAUUCCCAAGAACGACCUCAUUCGGAAUCUACAAUCAUUGGCACUCGUUGCGAAGACGAGGAUAUUGCGAAAAUCGCCCAUGAGCAGAGAAAUCAACCCAGCAGAUCGCUUCUCAUUCAACCAUGAGUUCCAGAGCCCAUUCGUCAAGGUGCGCAUUGGCGUUGUCGCAGGCGCCAAGGUGGAAGAUCAGGAGCAACGGAAGGAAACUGAGAAGAAGAUGGCCGAUGAGCGUGGCGGUAGUAUCGAGGCGGCCAUCGUGCGCAUCAUGAAGCAACGCAAGAAACUCACGCAUUCUCAACUGAUGACCGAAACUCUUACACAACUCUCCACCCGCUUCGUCCCCGACGUCUCUAUGGUCAAAAAGCGCAUCGAAAGUCUCAUCGAUCGCGAGUACCUCGAACGUCUAUCCGAGGAGCCGCCAACCUAUGGUUAUGUUGCUUAA